AACAGUCAGUAGCACGUGGACCGCGCGCGCAGAGCUAGUGUGUGAGUGCGUGCUUGCGUCACGUACGCGUGCUUUACGUAUGCAAUAAUAUUACAUUUUCUGUGUAGCAAGGUGAAAAACUUUCGAGUGAGGUUAUGAGUACAUUACAACGGACUAUUUACAGUAAAAUUAAUUGAUAUUUUGAAAGAUUCACGAUUAAUAAGGGACCAUUUUCAUAAAUUUGGAAUAAGAAAGAAGAUAUCCUGUGAAAUAAUUGGAAUCCUGGUCUUAGAGAACUGUAUAUUUUUUGUGACAUGUUGGAAAAUUCAAAUAUUUAUAUUCGGUGACCUGUUCAUCACGAAAGCACACUUUGGUCCUGACCCACUGUCUCAUGUCUCGAGUACAUAGACAAUAUUGAGUGCAGUCAGUCCGUGCACUAACAUGUCCAGCUCGUUAUCCCGCGCUCAGUCCUGGCCGCUGUUGGCCGCCGCGCCAGAGCCACCCCCGCUGGUGCGCCCGAAGAACUAUGUGGAGACCCGCCGCAUGCUACGCACCCAUUACUACCCCGAGGGCGGCUGGGGCUGGCUGGUGGUGGCUGCCGGUCUCACAGUACAGCUGCUGACUCACGGUCUCCAACUAUCUGCAGGAGUCUUCAUCCCGCCCACGGCUCUACGGUUCGCCACCUCCGUCACCGACACAGGGUGGGUGGGAGCGAUGUCUACAGCCGUGGCACUCCUCGUGUCGCCUGUUACCAUCGCCUUCUGUCGCCGCAAGUCCACGAGGCUCACCGCCGUCAUGGGCGGCCUCGUCACUGCCCUCGGCUGUCUCUUCACUUCCUUCGCUUCCCAGUUUCACCAGCUCUUCUUUAGUUACGGUACCAUCGUUGGUGUUGGCGUCAGUAUGACAAGGGACUGCUCAACUCUGAUGGUUGCUCAGUACUUCAAGCGGCGGAGAGAGUUUGUUGAAAUCUUCAUAGUGUCAGGUAGCGGCCUAGGCAUUGCUGUCAUGUCAUCAUUCAUCAAAGGUGCUAUAAAUGCCAUAGGAUGGAGGCUUGGAUUGCAGCUGGUAACCGUAACAGUGUUCCUGACGUUCUUUCUGGGAACAUUCUACAGGUCAGCAUCCUUGUACCAUCCACAGCGGAGGGCAAUCCUUCAUCUGAAGAAUCAAAAACGUAAAAUCAAAGACAAAAACAAAACUGACGACAGACCACCCUUCUUCGACUUCAGUACACUACGCAGCAAGACUGUUAGAAUAUUGUUAGUAUCAACAGGAAUUAGUGCUUUUGGGAUAAACACUCCGAUAUUCUACUUGGCACACCAAGCUGAAGAGGAUGGUCUGGGAGACACAGCACUACUGCUGCAGACAUACCUGGGUCUGGCCUGGACACUAGGUUGUGCCGCCUUCGGUGUGGUUGUAGUGCACAACUCCGUUGAAUGUCGCAUCGCCCGACAGUACCUGUGUCAAGCCGCAGUCUUCAUGUGCGGUAUCUCCAUACUGGCACUGACUGCAGUCCACGGCAACCGCCAGGGCUACAUUCUCUUUGUCUGGAUCUACGGCAUCUUCUGUGGGGGCUAUCAUUACUCUCUCAAGAUGUACACUUACGAGCGAGUCAGAGCUAGGAAUUUUGCCAGAACAUGGGGUUUCGUGCAGUGUUCACAAGCCAUACCCAUCGCCAUAGGAGUGCCAAUAUCAGGUUAUAUAAAUGUGGGUUGUGGAGGCAAGUCGGGGUACUACUUCAGCUCAACAUGUGUCCUGGUGGGGAGCCUCUCCCUGUUCUUCAUCGACCUGCACCGCCGCAGUCUGGCUCGCCACAAGCACGGAGAUGGAGCAAGGCAACUCUGUGUUUCAGAAUCCUGUCCACAACGACGGAGGUUAUCCUUUGCUGCUGAGCCUGAGGAGCUAGUAGUGGUGGAACCACCUUUACACCCCCAGACAGCCCCACCAGAUAAGCCAGAGCUAACAUGCAUCUCAGAGGAGGGCAUUGCAGACAUGGAUCUGCCUGACAAUCUGUUAGACGACUUGGAUUACAUUGGAGACUGCAUCACUUCCUGCAACAAGGUGGAGAACUAUCUGAUGCUGUCAGAAUUUGAGAAUAACUUAAUAGCGGAGAUGCCAGUGAUCAUGGACCGCAAGGGUAGGCGGUGGUCAUUGGCACGGCAGGCAGAGGAGGAGCUGCCCCGCGGCGGCAAGUGGCGUCUUGUCUCUGGUCCCAACCGUCUCAUCACAGUCAUCGACGAAGCUUCCGUCUAGCAGUAACCCCUCACCAGAGCACACAUGCUUCUCACAAUGUCACCAAUAUUACAUGGGUUUCCCUUCUAAAUGAUUUCUAUUAUUGUUGCUUUUCGAUAUUAUUUAUAAAAAGUCACUGAUAAUAAAUAUUAUUUAUAAAAAAUCACUAAACAAUUAAUGCAGAUCGAAAUUUAAAUAUAGUUUUUUAAUCAAUGCAAAAUACAUAAUAUUAGACCUUUUUCAAUUAAAAAAAAUAGCUAUCAAUACAAAUUAAAACUGAUUAAAUUGAACAAUUAUUUAGCUACAUUGUUCCAGAACUAUUUAAAUAAUAUGUUAGGAAACAGUGAAUAAGUGUACAUACUAAACUUAGAAAACUAUUGAACCUAAAUGUUUAAAAGACAUAAAACCUAAAAUGUUCAAAUAUAUACAUUUUCAGUAAGUAUUUUAGGAUAAUUGUUACAAAAAAUUGCACUUAAUUUUUGGAUUUGUAAAAAAUUUUGGUAAGUUCAUACACUAAAGAAAUGAAACCAAAACUGACGGUGUGAAAUUAAACAGUUAAGUGUAAUACGUUUGAAAAUACAUAAGGUAUUAAAAAGUACCUGUAUGCUGGAAAAUAUCUUAUUAUAAUAAUAGGUUUUAAUGAUAUGUUAACAUUAAGUGGAACAUUUUAAAGAAGUGAUAACAUAAAUCACAGUUUUACAUUGUAUAGUCCGAUACAAUCCCAGAUAACAACAGAUUUCUAUUUAUAGUAGGCAUACUAUGCAUUUAGUCAGUAGCAUAACUUAAGUGGGGGAUGAAGGGGAUCAAACUCCUCCACUCAAAAGCCCUAAAAAUUUUUAAAUUAUACCUUUAACAGUAAUGUAACUUGUUUGAAAUGCAGCAGUUAACCAAACAGUUAACUGCUGCUUGCUAUUUUAUAUAUUUAUUUCAUAUUUCCCUGUGUGAGUCUUCAAACAGAUUCAUCUGACCCAGUCCAAAGUUAAGUCCUAGUUAGGCCACUGCAUUUAGUACACUAUCUACAUCCUUCAUUUUAUUUAAGAUUUACUUUUGUUUGUGGGAUUUAUAUUAUCUCUCCCACUACUGGGGUCAAUAAAAUAACAUUUCAUAUUGGAAAAGCUAAUAUAUAAUAAAACUACUAUAACAUUGUCAGAUUAUUUAUAUAUUAUUUUUAUGUUCUAAUGUAUUUUCAAGGACUCAGUUUUUAAAUAAAAACUCCUAUAUGCAACCAUAACUCGUAAAAUAUUAAAAUAUAACUGUCAGGUCUAUAAACAAAUAAUGUUUCACUGGAUGUCCUGAGAUUAAAUCCAUAUAACUGAAUAAAAGAAAACCAUUGAUUUGGUCAUUUAUAUUUCUAGUCGUCUAAAAUCUAUGUUUAUUGAAUCAGUUGAUUAUGUUUUGCAUUGUUUAAAAAUGUAAUAUUUUUUACAAGAAGCCAUAUUAUUAUGUUUACUGAGAAACUUGUCUUGUUUUCAUCAUGAAACCCAAAGACAUAGUAAUUACUUAGAGUGAAGGACAAUAUUGUACAUAGUUUAGUAUUUUAAACAUUGUCAGAGCAUGUGUGUAUCAGAAUCACUGCCAUAUUUCAUCACCUAUUAAGAGGAUUUGAACUAGAUGUCAUGAGAUAUCUUUGUAUUUCAAACUGUCUACUUAGAAAUUCCCCUAUGAUAAAAAAAACUAUUUCCAUAAUUAAAAAUGUUAGUUAAAAAAUGCAUAAAAUUUUUGAGUAGUGAUUUAUACAAUAGGAUAGGAUCAUGUUUCCAAUAUGAUUGUAUUACGUUUUAAUAUCCAAUUCAAAAUCUACUUAAACCUAAGCUUAUGUAUUUCAGUUUUACAACAGUGGUGCAUAGAAACCAACCAGGACACGGGUUGCCCGGUUUUUAAAGCUUGUUAACUAUCAGAAUUGAAAUUGAAUUUUUCAAACAGUACGGGACAGAAUCCAUUAUUUCAAUAGUUUUUUCCCUACAUGCAGUAUACAUUCAAGGUAUUCUUUUGUUUAGACAGGUUUAGUCUGAUUGGCAGAUUUAGUCUCAACUUUUGAUUUUUAUUUUACAUUUGAUUGAAGUGGAAACAAUAUUUUGCCCUACUUUGGGGUUACGUAGGUAUAUUUUGUAUUUUUUCCAAGAUGAAUUAGAACACAUCAAUCAACAAAACAAUCAAAACUUAUAAUUUUGCAACAAUUUUAAGUAGUAGUAUGCUGCCAAUAACGGAUAAUUGAUUCAUGUCUUACUUUGCAGUAAUAAAUUAUUUAGUGUUUAACAAAUCCAUUCAUGUCAUAUAUUGUUUAAUCAAUCAGACAGGCUUCCUGUAUCUUCUUCAGGUGUGCUCUUAGACCUCUGAUGGUGGGAAGCAGGUGAUUAUAUAUAGGGUUGGCCUUGGCGGGGGAGGGAGAGACUGGUGAAAAACCAUAAAUGUGAGGCUCACCAAAAUACAGGAUGGAAUGUAGAUCAUGGAAGUAAAUAUGUUCUAAAAUUUAACCAACAAUUGGCAAAGAUUGACUAAUAAUUAAUAGCAGUAUACUGUAUAGACUGUAUAUUAUUAAAUUUUAAAACAAGUCUCUAUGAUGUAGUUUUGUUUUUAUGGCAAAGCAAAAAAGGGACUAUUACCCUCAUUCAUCACUCCUUUUUUGAUUUGGAUCUUAAAAGAUGUUGAAUUUAUAAAUGUAUUAAUGCUACAAAUACAAGUUGUGACAUUAACAGAAGGCACUUUGGAGAAACACAUGGAUGAACAAUUCUGCUUGUAAUAACAUAAAAACAUUGUCUCCAUCCUAUGUAAGUGUUGUUUAUUUAAAAAUAAGGCAAUCGCUAUGUAUAGAUGCAUGAUGCAAAAAAGUUUGUUGAAUUGAAGCCAAGUAUAAACAAAUUUUAUAUGCCUGUGACAUUCACAGUCGUUUUAAGACAUCAAAAUGUAUUUUCUUACUUAAGAGUUAUAACAGAAUUGUCAAAAUCUUAGUUCAUGUUUGAUAUUGUUUAAACAAAAUUGUUUAAUGAUAUUACACGGUUUGGCUUUGUGCUAAUAGGAAUUAGAAAGAGAAUCAAUAUAAUCAAUAGUUGAGUAAUGGUUACAAAUACAUUUUUAUUGGACAGUUGAAGCCUAUGUUUCAAUUAGAUAAAAAGACCAAAUAUGUUUGAACUAAUCAAAAGUGUGCAUUUUUAUAUAAUUUACUCACGUACACGGUUUUACUCAUUUACAGUAAUUGAUGGAUUAAAUUGUUACUGCUGGGGUUCAGCUCCUAAUGACAUAGGAAAGCAGAGAAGACAAUAAAUUAAAACAUUGAUGUUAUUUUUCUGUUCUUUGAUCACUUUUUAGUAUUUUAAGUAAAUCUCGUCAUUAUGUAAAUCUACAAAUGUGUAAGAGCACUCACUUUUGCUUCAUUAAAAUGUACCAUGACAAAUUACUUUAACAUAUAUUUAUGGUACAACAUAAUCCUACUAUACUUUAGGGUUUGUUUUUGUGAAUGGUUAGUUAUAAUUUAAUUUUACUUUAAAUUUGAGAGUUUAGAAUUAUUUAUUUCUUGGAAAAUUGGUAUUUAUUCUUUACUGUGAAACAAAAGAAAUAUAAACUCAAAUAUUAGUAUUGUGCUGUUUUCAUGCAGCAAAACACCUUAAUCCCAAGAAAGGAAAAAUGGAUACAAAAAUUAUAAAAAUAAAAUACAAUACUCAUUCUUAUAGUAUUUAAUUAUAUAUGUAAGGAAGUAAAUGUAUAAUAAAAAAGAAUUUUAUGAUAAAAUUCUUUUAUUAAAACUUAUGGGAAUUUCUAAGACUCUUACCAGUUUGAAAUACAUUGUUACUUAAAUCGUCCGUGGACAGAUUGUUGUGAUAUGAGUGCAUUAGCUUAAAAAGAUAAUAAUAAAAAAUAAAGUAUUAUGUAAGUUUCUAUUUAUAUGUAAUAUACAAUGUGUAGAAUAUCUAAAUGAAAUGGAAACAGGGAAUCAGUAGUAAUGCCAAUUCUCUGAAUGUAUAGUGUUAUUGAUACAAAGGAGUAUGAUUCAUUUUGUGACAUACUAUGAUAAGUGGGAAGAUACGUUUAUAUAAAGGAGCAAUUUGUAUAUUUUGUAAAGAGUAACAAAGUUAACUGUAAGGUUAAGAUUCGAUUUAGAGAAGUAAUCAGUUUCCGGUAUUUAUAUAAAAUUAUAGCUUAUAUUAUACCAAAUAAAGGCAAACCCUUCGACUACCAAUACCUAAUCAACUACUUUUAUAUUUUAACAAAACUGUUAAAAAUUUCACAUUAUUUCAAAAUUUUAUAUUUUCAAGGGACAAUAUCUAACUUUGAUAUUUGUAUAAAACAAACAUUAAUAAUUAAUAAAACAAUUAUUAGAAUGUACUUCCUAAAGGAGGAAGUUCUUAAUUUAUAUUUUUAUAAAACAAAAUGUAAGUUUUACACAACUUAUUAGAGAAAAAUUGUUUUUAAGUGAAAAAUAUUUUUCACAGAACAUAAAACGGGAGCUUAUUGUGGCAUUUUUGUUUUGGAAAAAAAUUAUGAAUAACAUGUUAUAAUAUAUAUUUUAAUGUGUAAGUUAGCUAACCUAAUGUUUCAAACAAUAUCUAAUAAAGAUCUCUGGUUCAUAUAGUUUACGGUAGCAGUGUGGAGUAGUAUACAUUUUUUCAAUUAAUAAAAUCUGGAAAUGUAUAAAACCAUUUAGAAGAGUGUGUUCUUAUAAAACAUCAUAAAUGUUGUAUACCAAUGUUAUUUAGCUGCUCACUGGAUAAUGGUAGUCAAAGGGUUGAAUUAUAAUGGUGUAGAACUCAUAGUAUGCAUAUUUCAUGAAUAUAAAAUUAUCUAUAAAUCACAUUCUUUAUAGCUUUUUAUUUAAAGUCAAAAUCUAAGUAAAUUUAAUACCAAUUGCUCAUGAAGUAGAUUUUUGUUCCUAACAGAAAAUAUUUAUGUUUGCUUAGUUACAUUAUGAUAAUUCAAUCUAUACCCAAAUUUACAGAUUUUAUUGUAACACCCAUGAUUAUUAUUAUUACAAUAAGCCCUUUGCUUUUAAUUGUGUCAUUUGUUUAUUAGAUACAAAUACUUGAUAAUGCAAUGAAUAUUUUCAGUGCACACCCAUCUUCUGUUUGGGAAGCAAUCAAAAAACUGUUUUGUGUUUGCUGUUUGCUUUCUGAGAGAAAUCAAUUCCUCUCUGGAAAAGUAUAUUUUAAUGUAGAUUAAACAUUUAUUGCCUAAUUUAGAACAGAUGUACCUUAAAACCCAAAAGUAUAAAUCAUACGUUUGUACUUUUAUUUGUCUCAUUGUAAGUGUUAAAUUGAUUUGAAAAACUUUUCACCUCCAGUUUGGUUUAUUAACACUUUGAUUACCAAGCAUUUCUUUUGAUAUUGUGGGCAUGUUUUUAUAAUAGUCUGCCUGCUCCUUUAAUACCUUCAAUGUGGCUCUAUACUGAGUAAUUUAUAGAACUAUAAUGAGUAAGUGCGCGCUAAGGUUUCUGCCGCAGUCAAUGAGUUAAAUACUAUACAAUCAUUGUCUAGUUAUAAUGUAUUCUGUAGUAAACACUUUCACAUCCGAGUGGUCCUGAAUAUCACAACAAGGCACAACUAAGGACGUCUGGUACAGUAAACAUGAUUAACUGUGCUAGUGAACGUUUAAUAAUAAAAUUUUAAGAUAGGUACAUUACGAGUAUACCUAUCUUAACCUCCAAAAACAAAUGUAUACAUCCUUUAUCUUUAAUUUUAGAAUUUCUGUUUUAGGUAUUAAUGCAUUUCUAAACAUAGGUUGGGUGUAAGAAUCAGAGCCACAUAAUCAUUUGAAGAGGAAACUUUAUUAAAUAUUAUUGGAUAAUUUAUUUAAUGUUGAGGACUGUCACAUCUAAAUAUAUUGGUUAUUAUAAAAUUUAAUAACACUAUUUGUCAAUUAUAUGGACUAAACAUCAAAUUAAUUAAUUUUAAUAUUAAUAUAAGCGCUAACAUUAUAUUAGAGCAAGUUUAAAAUGAAUGCUCAUGAAAAAGUAAUGAGUCCGUUUCAUCUAGCACUGAAGGUAAAAACCCAUUUUCUGGAAUCUGCUUUUGUGUUGACAUUCUGUUGUACAUUUUCAUAUUUUUCUGGUAAGUUAAAAUAAUAUUGGUUGCAUUUAUUCAUGAACCACUUUCUUAGUUACAAACAACAGGAAUCAGUCUCAAUAUAUCGAUAUUAGAAUCAAAUGUUUUUGAUAUGACCCGUUUGUAAUUAUAUAAACUAUAAUAAUGUUUUGUUGUGGUAACUGCAAUUCAUUAAAGAUUACUUAUUGUGCUAUUCUGAUUUAAUCACAAGGUGGCUAAAAUUUAAUUGAAUUAUUCAUCUGUAUAAAAUUAACUUGUUGUUGAUACACAAAAAUACUUACCUCAAUAAUCAAAACAUUUCUCAUAAUACUAUCCUCAGUUACUGCUACAUAAGCUCCUGUCAUAAGGAAACUGUGUAUUGCUCAAGACUGUUUUUCUACUGAAUUGCUAAUGUAUUAAUAUGUAAAUUAAAGCUUUGAAAAUACAGUAGUUAUUAUUUUUCCAUAGUAGAUAGCCAUUUUUCAAAAUAAUAUUUUAUACGUCUACUUUUCGGCAGUUUGAUAUUACAUAAUACUGACACACCAGUAUUUGCUAAUUAAUGUGUAGCAGAUAAUUACUAUAAUUAAUGAAAAUGUAUGAUCGCUUAGGUAUCCCUGGUUCCGUUUCAGUAUGUCGUGCAAUGUGCAAUUGUGCAAUUGUGCACACAGCAGUUCUCUCACUGUUGUAAUCCUGGUUACUAUGCGGCGUUAGAUAGUCAUAGUUCUAAGUAAUCAACACAAAAUAAUUUUAUAAUGUGCAUACUUACAGACCAGUGUCUUAGUAUUUAUUCAUAGAAUUUAUUAAACAAUCUUAUUAUAUUGUUCUAGUAUGUAAGGAUGUACGAUCUAUAUUAUUUUUGGUACUGUUAGGAUUUUCACACAAAAUAAUUGUGUGUCAAGACUGCUGUGGACAGAGUGGUUUCACUCAUUAUCAUUGUUGAGUUAUUUAUUUCACCUACAUUCAUGUUUUCAUUGAGUUCAGUAUUACUGUAAGUAGCUGCAAUGCAGUGUAACUUGUUAAUUAUAUAGUGCUUUUUAUGGCAGCAUUUUAAAAUUGUUAUUAGUUUUUAUAUCAGUUUUAAAGCGCAAGAGCACAUGUUGAAUCUUCUGCCAGUUUAUACAUUAAAUGUGUCAUUAAAAACUUGUAUAAUAUAAAAAAUAGUGUUGAA